AUGGAGCUCACUCAAAAGAAAUAUGAAGUAAUCAGUGCUGCAAUGUAUCAUAUAGUAGCUUUUUGUGUGUUAACGUGUGCGAGCCUCAUUUUGAUUAUUAUUCAAACAGUAUUUUCAUAUUGUGUUUCUGUGGAAUCAGAUCUCGCUUGGCCUUCAGUUCUAAUCCCGUUCGCUUAUAUUGCUGCGUUUUUAUUAAUUUUAACUGCUGGUGCAACCUUGACUGCUGGUUUAGUAGACUCAGAUGAAUGGGAUACAGCCAGUGUUGUUAGUUGCAUCUUUCCACUAAUAGUAACAACUGCAAUCGCAUGCACAACUAUACAACAGUACGUGGAUGGAUCUCUACCUAAGUCAAGCAUGUUAAUUAUGGGCAUUAUUAACAGUAUAAUAGCUUUUUUAUGUUUUAUCCACGGUAUUUUAUUAUGUGCUGAUUUUCGCUUAUGUAUAAAUGUAAAAGUUCAUGACUCGCUCCCAACAAUAGAAGUCCCCAUACCUAAAGUAACCUUAGAAGAUGGGUCUGUUUUAUUGGAUGGUGCUAAUUGUGUGGAUUCAAAUGAUGUCUGA